AUGCGCUUCGCUCAUCGGCUUCGUCACCGGGCAACGCAUCAGGUAACGAUCAAUGAAGCUCCAUCCGCCCUUUCGGCGAGCGAAUGCCGAACCGCGCGAGAUUUCUGGCUUCAGCGCGCUCAGGAGGAAUUAUUUCCAGUAGAUCGAAAGGCGCUACAAAAUCAAAAGGCCCUGUCCUCAAAGAGCCGACUCCUCUCUCUUAAUCCUUUUCUGGGCAGAGAUAAAUUAAUUCGCGUUGGCGGGCGGUUGUCCAACGCUCUCAUUGCCCUUCCACGCAAACAUCCCGUCAUUCUCGCGUCGCAUCCACUGGUGACGCUCCUAGCUCAUCACGCUCAUCUGCGAUCCCUUCACGCCGGCACUCAACUCACGCUCGCAACAUUGCGUCGCGAAUUCUGGAUAAUCCGAGCUCGAAGCGUGGUAAAAGCGGUGAUAAAUCAGUGCAUAGUCUGCACUCGAGAAAAGGCGGCGACGCAAACGCAGCUGAUGGGCGACUUGCCGACGGUGCGAGUCGCGCCUCCCGCACGCGCGUUCUUGCAUUGCGGUGUUGAUUACGCCGGUCCGGUCUCAAUUCGAGCGAUGUCCGGCCGCGGCGUUAAAUCACACAAGGCGUACAUCGCCGUUUUCAUAUGUAUGGCGACUCGCGCUAUCCACCUAGAAGUCGUCGAGGGCUAUGCCACCUCGGCAUUUCUAGGAGCUUACUCUCGAUUUUGCGCACGACGAGGACUUCCAGAGUCCAUGUACUCCGACAACGGAACUACUUUCGUGGGGGCCGAGCGCGAGUUAUCUAUAGCCUUCCGAGCGGCUCUUCGCGAGCCUGAAUUUCUAAAUCGCACGGCCACGGAUAAUGUAACAUGGCGUUUUAUUCCUCCAUCGGCUCCACAUUUCGGCGGGCUCUGGGAGGCAGGUGUCCGAAGCGUAAAACACCACCUCCGUAGGAUAGUUGGGUCUCACACUCUGACCUUCGAAGAAUUCACUACCGUGCUCUGUAACAUCGAAGCAUGUCUAAAUUCUCGGCCUCUCGCCCCGCUUACUGAUACCGUCGACGAUUACGAGCCGCUCACGCCAGGCCACUUUUUAAUAGGAUCUGCCUUGACUACGCCUCCGGAACAAUCAGUACUGGAAAUCAACGAGAAUCGUCUGUCCCGAUGGCAACUAGUGCGACAGCUGACGGAGCGAUUUUGGAAAAUUUGGCAAAAUGACUAUGUAAACACGCUUCAACAACGGGUGAAGUGGCGAAAAGUAGCCAAAGAUUCUGUUCGAGUCGGCAAAUUAGUACUGCUAAAAAACUCAUUGCUCCCGCCGUGCAAAUGGGAACUAGGGCGCAUUCUAGAGUGCCAUGCGGGCCCUGACAACCUCACGCGUGUUGUCACAGUCAAAACCAUCUCCGGCGAGUACAAACGACCGCUAGUAAAAAUAUGUCUCCUACCGAUCGACAUGGAGUCGACAAAUUAG